AUGCAUUUGACGGCGUUUCCCCAGGAAGAAGUUGCGAUCGGGCAACUCCUCGAGACACCACCACAAACUGUCACCACCGCCGCCGACCUCUCUCCCCGCUUCCCCAUUGACCGACCUUGUCCGCUCCUCUCUGCCCCGAGCCGGCCUCAUAUCAUCAUGUUGGCUCGAUCAGCAUUGCGUACUGCGCGUACAGCCGGCGCCGCCGCUCGCAAUGCCGCCUCCAAGACGACUUCGCGCUCUGCCUCGACGUCCAGCUCUGCCGAGGGAGCUGGCUCUGCGUGGAAGCACAAUGCCCUCCCGGCUGGUGCCACUGCCUUCGCCGUCGGUUCAAUUGCCUGGUACUGGCAUCUCUACGGUCGCAACGUCGAUGCGAUGACUCCCGCCGAAGAAGGUCUUCACCCAACCCCAUAUCCCUGGGAGCACACAAAGUGGAACAAGACAUUUGACCACGCCGCUCUCCGCCGUGGUUUCCUCGUCUACCGCGAAGUGUGCGCGUCCUGCCACUCCAUCUCCCGCGUUCCCUACCGAGCCCUCGUUGGAAAGCUCAUGACGGUUGAUGAAGCCAAGGCCCUUGCCGAGGAAAACGAAUACGACACCGAGCCCAAUGACCAGGGUGAGAUUGAGAAACGCCCUGGAAAGCUGUCUGACUACAUGCCUGCGCCCUACAAGAACGACGAGGCCGCUCGCGCUGCCAACAACGGUGCCCUGCCCCCGGAUCUAUCGCUCAUGGUCAAGGCUCGCCACGGAGGCUGCGACUACAUCUUUAACUUGUUGACUGGUUACCCCGAGGAGCCACCUGCUGGUGCCGUUGUGCCAGAAGGCCUCAACUUCAACCCUUACUUCCCCGGUACUGGUAUUGCGAUGGCCCGUGUGCUCUACGACGAUUUGGUCGAAUACGACGAUGGGACCAAGGCCUCGACCUCGCAAAUGGCCAAGGACGUUGUCGAGUUCUUGAACUGGACCGCCGAGCCUGAAAUGGACGACCGCAAGAAGAUGGGAUGGAAGGUCUUGGCUGUCACCAGUGUGCUGUUUGCGAUUAGUGUAUGGGUGAAGAGAUACAAGUGGGCCCCACUAAAGACCCGCAAACUCAUGUACAACCCCCCACAACAGAAGAGCAUUCUCGACCAGCUGCCCAAGCCUCACAACAAUGGCAAGACGAACCAAUAG